AUGUUCCCAUCCUCUUCUUCAUCCUCCCCUAGCCCAAUCUUUUGGUUCCACAGCUGCCAUGGGCAAGAUGCCCGAGCGCUGAAACCGGCCACAGUCAACAGAGCUGGGUUCGCAUCUGUGGCAGAAGCUUUUGCGGCAGUGAUGGACUUCUCGGAGAAUGGAGAGGAAACGUCGCUGCGAUGCAACGUAGAUGGUUUGUCUUUGGUCGUUGAAGACUCCUCUCAAGAGCCAGUGCCAGUGGUUGAAAGCCUCCUGAUGUCUGAAGUGAGCUGGUGUCCAGUCAAAGGUGGCACCCAUGCCGACAUGACGCUGGUAGCGGUGGUUCCUCCAGCGCCUGGCUCUGGUAUCCGCGGUACCUCCGUGACAGGAUUGACGUCCAGCGCUGAAGGCUGGUUUAUCUGCGUGCUGGGUUGCACACCCCACAGCUUUGUUGACAUGCUCAGUGCAUGUGGAUGUCUCCGGACGGACCUUGAUGCAUCCUUUACGAUGUCGCAUGACGGUGAUUGUGCCAUUGGAGAGGGAGCGUAUGCCACGGUGUAUCAAAUGCGGGCAGCGGCAGGCCACGAUGUGGCAGUGAAGCAGAUGCAUCACACCACAGACCUGGAGUCCAUUGAGCGAGAGGUUGCUGCUCUCGCCGAGCUGCGGGGUGACCACAUCAUUGGCUUCCGUGGAAUUUUCUGGAAAGUGGAGACGGAGCAAGUUCGAUUCUCCAGUGUUUUUGACCUGGCAUUGGGUGGCGACUUGCUGUACAAGGUGCUUCAUUUGGGCGGGAUGACAGAAGCAUCUGCCAGACCAUUGUUCAAGGGAAUCCUUCGAGGAUUGAAAAGGAUCCAUGAUCACAACAUUGUGCACAGGGAUGUUAAGACGGAGAAUAUUCUGCUGCAAUCCGGUGAUGUUCCGAUGCUGGCUGACUUCGGGCUGGCCUGCCGGAUCACCGACGAGCAGCAGAUGUCACGCCGGUGUGGUUCUGCCGGAUUUGUGGCACCGGAAGUGUGCUUGGGUACGCCAUAUGAUUGCAAAGUGGAUAAUUUUGGAGCAGGUGUCGUCUUGUACUUCAUGCUCAGCAGGGAGACGCCAUUCAGCAGUCCCGAUCGGGACUCUGCUGCGACGAUGAGGAAGACGGUAAAGUGCAGUCUUCAUCUUCAGCGACCGCCAUUCGAUUCAAUGACCAGUCGCCUGCGAGUCAUGGCUAUUCAAGCAGGAAUCAGGGGAGCUUGCGUGCGCACCAAGGCAGCAGCGGCACUGGAGCAUUCUUGGAUCGUGGGCAAGUCUGACAAGACUGGCAGCAGCUCCUCCAGCAAGAAGAAGGAGAAGGUGUUGGAACCAUUGUCGCCAGUUCCUGUUGUCGAAGAAAGAUCCGGUGCCGAUCCCGGGCAGACGCAGCCAGACGACACUCCUACACAAGGAGGCUAUUCACAACCUGCUGGCGUUCAGCAGAGCAGCCUGCCGAUGGCCGAGUGCGUAG